CUGAGAGCGAACGGGAGACGGGGUUUCGCGCACGGACCGGAUCCCAGGGAAACAGCGACCGCUCACACCGCCCCCCAGUGUCUGCGAGAUGACUUGGAGAGGACCCUUUCCAGCCUCUGUGCUGCUGGUACUCACCCUCCAGCUGCUGUGUCCUUGGCCGAGCACUGCGGCCUCUCUGGCCCCUCACAACGGCUCUGUCCGGGCAGUGACGGGAGUUCAGGAUCGAGCCGCCUUCCCACGGGAUGUGAAUGGGUCGGAAGAGCAGGAGCGAGGGAAGCAUCUGCAGGUCCGCUCCCUCCCCAUGACCCACCCCAACAUGGACACUGACAAUCAAGGGGAUCCGUUCAGGGACAUGGACGCCAAAGCCUUGGCCACGAUCCUUCUCCAAGCUUUGAAAAUAGACGAUGAGAAAACUGGAGAGAGGGAGGGCGAGCGAGAAGCCGGGAGUCUGUCCCUGUCAAACCCCUCGAUGUGGCGCGAGGCGGACAAGGAUUCCUUGGUUGAGAACGUGAAGAGUCAGACGAGGAGUCGGGAAAGUGCCCCUCAACGGCAGGUCAUGGCCUGGGCUCCCGAGAGGGAGGACGGGGGUGAGGUCAGUCCUCAGAGCAUCGAGCAGAUGGAGGCCAUGUUACAGGAGCUGGAGAAAUACAGCACGGCGACCAAGCGGGAGAGAUCCAACACUGCCCUCCGCUCCGCAAAGACCUCCCGGCCCAUCAGCAAACAGCCAGAGGACAGCAGUAUGUUGGGGAACAUGGAUGACAUUGAGGAGCUGGUUGGAGGGAUGGAGAAAGACACCGACUAUAACGAGGAGCACGAGGUUAUGCAAGAACCAGCCAAACGUGCGGACAAGUCUGUGUCCAGGUUCCAAGCCGGGUCCUUGAGUCGCCUGGGAACUGGGGAACCAGGGCCAGACAAGGCCGAAGAGGAACAGAUAGCGGACAUCACCUCUGACCUCCUGUUACAGUAUCUGCUUAAAGGGGGCGACAUGGCGGAGCAGGAAGACAGCGCCAAGGAAAAGCUUACUGACGGAGAGAGGAAGAGGAGCGAUGAAGAAUGGGAAGAAGAUGUGGCUGAAGAGAAGAGAUCGGACGAGGAAGGUGGUGAUGAUGAUGAUGAUGAUGGUGGUGACAUGGAUCCGCAAACUAUAGACCGGUUGAUCGAGAUCUCCAGCAAACUCCACCUUCCGGCCGACGAUGUCAUCGAUAUCAUCAACGACGUGGAGAAGAAAAGGAAAAACUCUGUGGAGAAGAUGGAGCCGACAAGACACCAUCACACGACCCCCAGGGACCGGAUCAAACCUGCUCCCGGCCGGUCAGACCAGCGUCAAAAGGUCUACCUCCCCACUCGCCAUCGACCAGAAAAGCCACGACACUGGUCUACCAGCGACAUGGCCUUACAGGACCUGCUCGGGGCAGACAACGAGCUGGACUAUGGAGCCAUGCCCCUGGUCUACCCCAGACGUUUUCACCUCCAGCAGAACCUUUACCCCAAUUACAUCCGGCCCCGGGUUUACCAGCCUCGACACAGCACUUACCGCUAUCAGCCCAGCCCCUCCCUCCUCCAGAACGAAGAUUAUUACGAUGAUGAUCAGGCCCAGGACAAGGAAGAGGAGCUGGAAAACUACAUCGAGAAGAUCCUUCUCCAACACCCUGAGGUUUUCCAGUAACUCGGGUCUCACCAUCAUUACCCUCAUCAGAUGUUUGUGGUUCACUGAGAUCAUUGUGUGAGUCAGACAACCCGGUAAUACAUUCCCCCCUCGCCCCCC